AUGGCUCCCGCUGCUUCCCGCAAGGCCCAGAAGGUCACCCAGAAGUUCGUGAUCAACGCUUCGCAGCCUGCGAGCGACAAGAUCUUCGACGUCUCUGCCUUCGAGAAGUUCCUCCACGACCGCAUCAAGGUCGAGGGCCGCGUUGGCAACCUCGGUGACAGCGUUGUCAUCUCCCAGGUUGGCGAUGGCAAGGUUGAGGUUGUUGCCCACAUCCCCUUCUCCGGCCGCUACCUGAAGUACCUUACCAAGAAGUACCUCAAGAAGCAGCAGCUCCGUGACUGGCUCCGCGUCGUCUCCACCUCCAAGGGUGUUUACGAACUCCGCUUCUACAACGUCGUCAACGACGAGGCUGAGGAGGAUGAGGAGUAA